CUCCCUCACACUCGCUCCCCGCUGCACUGCCGUCGGGGCGGCGCCAGGAGACCCAGCCCGCGCUCCCCCGCCCCGGGGAUGUGCUGAGAAGGGGCCCUCUCCGCGCAUCGCUCUCCUCCUCAUCAUCAUCUUCCACCACCUCCUCCUCCUCCUCCCCCCGCCCACAGCCUCCUCGCAGCGGCCCGGAGCCGGCGGCGGUGGAGCCCGGCGUGUUGUGUGAAGAAAUUCUUCAGCCAUGGAUGUGUUCAUGAAAGGACUUAACAAGGCGAAGGAGGGAGUCGUAGCAGCAGCAGAAAAAACCAAGCAGGGUGUAGCAGAAGCAGCAGGAAAGACGAAAGAAGGCGUCCUCUAUGUAGGUUCCAGGACCAAGGAAGGAGUUGUUCAUGGUGUCACAACAGUGGCUGAGAAGACCAAAGAGCAAGUAUCUAAUGUUGGGGGAGCUGUGGUGACAGGAGUGACGGCAGUGGCACAGAAGACAGUGGAAGGCGCAGGGAACAUUGCUGCAGCCACUGGCUUGGUGAAGAAGGAUCAGUUGGCUAAACAGAAUGAAGAAGGUUUCCUGCAGGAAGGAAUGGUGAAUAAUGCAGAUGUUCCUGUGGAUCCUGAGAAUGAGGCUUAUGAAAUGCCUCCAGAGGAAGAGUAUCAAGACUAUGAACCCGAAGCAUGAGAGACCUUUCCUUCCUUUGUAUCUCCUGAAACCUACUAACAAAGACGUCACAUCCUGUACAAGUGCUGAGUUCCAAUGUGCCCAGUCGUAAAAUUUUUUUACAGUUUUUACAGUGUUUUUUGAAGUCUUCCAUCAGCAAUGAUUGGAGUAUCUGUGACUGCAUCCACCUUGUUUCAGCAUUUCCCUCCUGCUGAAAUGAAAGCUGGUUGGCAAGGUCAUUGUUGUGCUGUGGAUAUUGUGGCUUCAAGUUUAAAAAUUAAAAAGAAAAUACUAAAUAAAAACACCUAAGUGUCUACUGCUUAUUUUUAACUCUGUACAUGUUUUGUUGAUAGGCUGUCAGUAAUUUGAUAUUGUUUAUGAUACAGUUUUUAUUUGUUUCCAAUGACUAUUCUUUCUGUGCAGAGAUGACUUAUUGUGAGAGCUUUAUAUAUAUGUGUAUGUAUUAUAUAUAGAAAAAAGUAACUGAGCAUGAACUAUGCACUUAUAAAUAUUAGCUGUUGAAAUUUUAUUGUUUUGUGAUGUGUUCUGUUAACUCUGUCUGUAAAUAAUAGUGUUCAACUGAAGCAAAUAAAAUAUAACCCAUUAAAAAUGAACUUACAAUUUAGUGAUGAUUUGUAACACCUUAUUUUCUCUCCAAGAGCACAUGUUGAAAAAUUCAGGCUGCGUUGCUUCCUGUGAAGGAACUGGAGGAACAAAACAAGCAAACAGAUAUCUGGCUUAUACCAAAAUCAGGAUGAAGAAUGAGAGUAUCAGGGCUGGUUCCUCAGCUGGAGUAAAUUGUUUGACAAAAGAGAUUUAUCUGUAGUGCUAAUGAACUUUCCACUCUAAGGAGAACCUAAGAGUGAAUGAAACCAUUAAUAAUGGGUUACAGAAGGCUAGCAGGGUAUUGUGAGGCUCUUUAAAGAAUUACCGUUUCAAGGUUUUUAACACACUGGGCUACAAGAGUACAGAAGAGUGAUGGAUUAGUUGCAAUCAAGUUGUCUUGUAUAAAGUCUCAUUUAGUAAAAGUACAGUCUAGUG